GUUUCCGGUGAGUGUUGUUUGUUCGCUUGACUCUUCACUGAUGGACGCAGCCACGUCUCAUCUUCAGACGCCAGAACCAGAGCCGCCUGGAGCCCGCAGGCCGUGAGCGCUGGUGCCGCAGGUUGUGCCGCAGUUUGUGCCGCUCUUUGUGCCGCUCUGUCCGUUGUCCUCUCCUCUGUGCCGCCGCUCUCCUCUGCGCUGCGCAGACCCACAGCUGCUGCACGUCCUUUGUUCCGCUUCCUCCUGAGUCCUGAUCCGAACUGAUCCAGUCCGAAAGGACCGAGCACCUGAGGCCAGGACCUCCCCCCGCGGCGGGCUCUGCUCUGCGGGACAAACUGCCUGGAUCUGGGGUACGCUCGUGUUUUUGCAGCCUGGAUUACGCAGCGUGGCAAACGUGCCUCUGGGAGCUCUCCUCCCGCUGAGGGCAGUGAUGGCCUGAGCAUACCUCUGCUCCAAACCUGUGUUACCCACCUAUACCUCCAGCUGGCCCUGGAGAACCCUGUGACGUCAUGACGGGGGGCCGGUCUGUGUCCAGACACCCAAUGUGGCGGCUGCUGGCCCCUCUGGGCAGGGGCCCGGAACGUGUGGUGCUGGCGCGCAGUGAGAGCCUGUCGGGGGAGCAGGUGCUGAAGAUCACCGUGACAGAGACCACAGUGAUCGAGGCUGAGUCUGGGGUGUGGAGCAGCCGCUCCUUGGCCUACAUGGGCCUCUGGUACUUCUUCAGCUUCUGCACACUCUUCCUCAACAAGUACAUCCUGUCCCUGCUGGAAGGGGAGCCCAGCAUGCUGGGCGCGGUGCAGAUGCUGUCCACCACUCUGAUUGGCUCUCUGAAGAUGUGUGUGCCGUGCUGUCUGUACCAGCACAAGCCUCGCUCCGAGUACCCCGCCAACUUCAUCAUGAUCAUGCUCUUCGUCGGGCUCAUGAGGUUCGUGACCGUGGUCCUGGGGUUGGUCAGUCUGAAGAAUGUGGCUGUGUCAUUUGCUGAGACAGUCAAGAGCUCCGCCCCCAUCUUUACUGUCAUCAUGUCCCGUCUCAUCCUGGGCGAGUACACCGGGCUGUGGGUGAACCUGUCCCUGUUCCCUGUCAUGGCUGGGUUGGCUCUCUGCACAGCCACAGAGCUCAGUUUCAACAUGCUGGGCUUCUCUGCUGCUCUUUCCACCAACAUCAUGGACUGUUUACAGAAUGUAUUCUCCAAGAAACUGCUCAGUGGAGACACAUAUAAGUUCAGCCCUCCGGAGCUGCAGUUCUACACCAGUGCGGCUGCUGUGAUCAUGCUUAUACCUGCCUGGGGAUUCUUACUGGAGAUACCGGAGAAGAGCCGGAGCCUGUACCUGAGCCAGGACGUGCUGCUGCUGUUGCUGUUUGAUGGAGCUUUGUUCCACCUGCAGAGUGUGACCGCCUACGCCCUAAUGGGACGCAUCUCCCCUGUCACCUUCAGCGUGGCAAGCACAGUGAAGCACGCCCUGUCCGUGUGGCUCAGUGUCAUCGUCUUCAGUAACCAUGUGACCCUGCUCAGCGCCGUGGGGACCAUCUUUGUCUUCAUCGGGGUCUUCCUUUACAACAAGGCACGCCAGUUUCAGAGGGGCGUGCUACAAGAUCUGGCCCAGCAGAACGUCGCAGUGCCACAGGAUAAGGAUACCCCAGCACAUCCUCACUGAGAGCUCUGGCACACCCACGCUGAGAGCCGUGUUCCAAAUCUCAGAACAGGGACCUCGAAGUUUCCUUGUUUUUUCUUGGCCUCCUCGUUUCAUUCAUCUAACACUUUAUAGGAGGUUGAUUUAAAUCUACAAGUGGCCUUUUAUUGUCUAUGUGAUGACAUAAACUAGGAACGUAAAUGUAAAAGUUUCAGUGUAAUCUUCUAAACAAGGGUAUAAAGUGAGUGUUCUACACUUUUGACUUUAAACAUGCACAUGCAACAUGCAGGUAGAGGGUCUGCCAUCUUGCCUCCAUGAAAAUGUUCCACAGGCAGGUUUUAGACCACUGGGUAAAGUUAUCAGGUAGUGGCCAGAUUGGUGCCACCCCACAGGAGCUGAGCAAGUGUCUUGGGAGUAAAACAUUUUUGAUUACUCAUAUAAUUGCAGCAGAUUAUAACAAAAAUGACGAAAUGGGCAUAAAUAUGUAUAAUUAUUAUUUUACAUAAAUCCAUCCAUUUUCUUCCACUAAUCUGGGGCCAGGUCGUAGGGGCUGUCUAAGCAGGGAUUCCCAGACUUCCCUUACCCCAGACCCUUCCUCCAACUCCUCUGGAGGAAGUAUGUAAACAUAGUCCCUCCUGCGUGUUCUGGAUCUUCCUUUCAGUGGGGCAUACCCAGAACACCUCCAAUGGAGGAGCAAGUGACCCAAACCCAUUACAAACCCUUCAUGUUAUGGGCGACACUUUAACCUCAACCAAGACACUUAAAGGCACAUUUUUUCAAGCCUCUUAAAAUUGAUACAAAAUAUCAGAAAAUGACAGGGAAAAACAAUUAUUAUCAAUAAUUGUGGCUCCUCUUUCAAAAAUCAAAACAAGCUGUUUAACUUGCUAAAUAAUAAUCUUAAUAGGAUUAAGAUUGUCAUGGUACAUAACCUGGACUUGUAGAAGCACUGAGGCUUUGAGGAGAAAUGGGAUGCAGCCCUAUAUCAGCACACAGAACCACAGACAUUGGACCCUGCUGUUGUUGUGUCCUUGGGCAUGACACUUCUCCCUCACCUGUGCCAGUGUGACUGCCUAACUCUCACCAAAACCGAUGGAAGGGAGAAAAAGGGACUCCCGAAAAGCACCUUGGAGGAAUUGGAGAAAGUUGUGAAUCCAUUCCAUUGUUUAUUCCAGAUCAGUCAGUGCUGAGGAAGAGCCUGGUCAUAUAUUUAUAAAAUAUAAAUCAUCUGAUUCAGCCCAAGAGCAUUCUAAAGAUAUUCAGGAAAGGUUCAUUUCGGUUCUGUGAAUGUGACUUUUUUAGUAUACCUGUUCAAAUGAGUAUCUAGUUUUGAUACUAGUUUUAGUAUCUGAUUUUUAAUACUUCUGACGCCCCUAUUUCUAAACUACUAAGAAAUAGUAAAAAUCAUGGCAUAUCCAGCUCUAAAUUUGAGAAUUUUAAGGACUGGUUUAGGGGUAUUGUCUGCAGGAUAAUGCUGAAAUUAUGUAUGCCAAAAGUCGAAUAUUGAAUGUAUUGUUUUGCCCUUUCAUUUUUAAAGCUGCAUUGUGUAACUUGUUGGUGGUAACUUUCCUGCUUGUCUCCAUGGAGUCUUCUUUCCCUGGAAUGUUCCACAGUAUGGCAUUAGACAUAUCUAUCGAGUAUUUAUUUCUUUAUAAGUGCUUUUGAUGCCUUAAAAUGCAUUGAAAAAACAUACGGUCACCUGCUUUUCUCACCCAAAAAACUUUCAAAGAUGGAGUAUUAUGCUUUUUUUUACUUUCUACCUUGUUAUGACAUUGUUCACUCAUCAAAACAUGGCUGAAGAGGUUUUAGAUGUCAUCCAUGCAUGUUUGUGAAAUUUUGCAAUCUCUGGGCCCUAGUUGAACCAUCGUUAGUUAGCUGUAAGAUUCAUUUCAAAAUAAAGGGAUAAUAUUGACAUGGAGACAAGCAGAUGGUGAACCCUUCAUCAGAAAUGUUUUUUUUUCCUCUAAGGAUUUUUGCAAAAACAAUCUUGCCCACCAUAGAUAUGUCCCCCCUUCUCCCUAGAUUGUGAGCGAUACCAGACGGACUUUGGUGGUGCUUUUCUCCUUAACUGUUGAUGCUCAGGGUUCCUUCAGCUCUAUGGAGGAAGUGACACUGGAAAUGUAUCAUGCCUUAAAUGACUCAUGCACUAAUGUUUGGUGAAGACUUCCCCUUUUUCAUUUAAACAGCCCGUACCUGAUUUGAAAUGAUUAUUGUCAAGAUAAAUUCACGUUAACGCAGACCUAUUCGGCAAAAUUACCUUUUUAGAUCUUUGGACCGUGCUAUAGCUGUUUCCCUUCUCAUUUACCCACUCAACCCCACCUGAGUUAUAUUUAUUCUCUUGCAUUCAAGACGUCAUUGUUCCAGUCAACAGCCAUUUUCACCACCACCGGAAUACACCCACUGCUCUGUACUUAAGUCUUCAAUUUUUUGAAUUCAUGGUUUGAAAUCAGGUACAGGCAUUUAAAGGUAUUAGCAGUAACAUGUCUGUCUUGGUUAAAUCUGCACUACCACAACUGAACCUGUAGAGUCAUUCUCUGGUUUUAGUCAUAGGAUCUGGCAACCCAAAGUGAUGAGCUUGUUCUGCUUUUUUAUUGCGUUUUGUUUCUCAAGAGGAUUAUCCAAACUGUAAAAAAAAACAGUUUAACGUCAUGUCAAUGUUUUUGUAAUUUGUGAAUAAAUCAACAUUUCGAUAGUU